AUGGGAAGCUGCGCUAUGAAAAUUGACUUGCAUAAAGCCUACAACACAGUUUCAUGGGAUUUUGUUGAAGAGGUCAUGCUGGCUUUUAACUUUCCGGGACACUUCAUUAAAUUGGUCAUGAGCUCGGUGAGGACUUGCAUGUUCUCUAUCAUGAUCAAUGGACAACUUGAGGGAUAUUUUCAAGGGAAGAGAGGGUUGCGACAGGGUGAUCCUUUAUCCCCCCUACUAUUUGUUCUGUGUAUGGAAUAUUUGACUAGAUUUUUGAAUAAGGUGACUGAAAAUGGAUUUAGUUUCCACAUGAAAUGUGAGGAGAUCAAGUUGAGCCACUUAUGUUUUGCUGAUGAUCUCUUUGUGUUUGCAAAUGGGGAUGGUAAUUCUGUGGAGAAGAUAAAAGAGGCUUUGGAUCAUUUUGAAGAAGUUUCAGGGCUAGUACCCAAUAUGCAGAAAAGUGAAGUUAUUUUCUCAGGUGUAGAACAUCCUGUCAAAUUGAAAAUUUUGGGUAUUUUGGGAUUUAAAGAAGGUGCCCUACCAAUUAAAUAUCUUGGUCUUCCUUUAAUUUCAUCCAGAUUGACAAGAUUACAUUGCCAGGAGUUGGAAAAACAAUCAUUGUGGGCAAUAUGGGUGACCAAGGUUAAAUUGAAGAAGCUUAGUUUUUGGGGAAUCACUAAGACAGUUGACAGUAGUUGGAAUUGGAGGAAUUUGUUGAAGCUAAGGAAUAUUGCUAGACCUUUGUUUGAAUACAAAUUGGGGGAUGGUAAGCAAUUUUCUUUCUGGUAUGAUCCAUGGUGUAAUGGGUAUGCACUGAUUGAUCUCUUUCCGGGAAUUAGUUUCAAUGAGCCUUAUAUAUCUAGAGAUUCAGUAGUUGGUGAUUUCUGGAUACAAGGAAGAUGGUUGUUACCAGCUAGAUGGAAUGGUACAAUGGUCUCAAUUGAGAGAUUCCUUACUGAUCAUUUCUCUGUUAAUGUAAAUCAAGUGGACUCUAUAAUAUGCAGAGUGGAUAAGCAUGGGAAAUUCAAUACUGUGCAUGACAGACUACGCACAAAAAAGAAACUGCAUCAAUGGGGGAUUGCAAAUUCUAAUUCUUGUGUGUUCUGUAAUGCUGAAAGGGAGGAGGUUGAUCACUUGUUUUUUGAAUGUUGCUUCUCUAAAGAGAUUUGGAGAAGAGUUUUAAGAGCAGUGAAUGUGAGAAGAGAACCUUUUGUAUGGAAGAGGGAGGUUAGUUGGUUCUCUAGGAAAGCAUGUGGGAAGACUUUAUUGGCAAAUGUUAGAAGAGCCGCUAUGGCAGCUAAUGUAUACACAAUUUGGAGAGCUAGAAAUGCUUCUAUUUUUCAACAAAAAAAUAUUACUGCUGAUAAGGUGUUUGGGCAGAUUAGAGAGAUAUAA